AUGUCAAGUAGACUCUCCUUCGCCUCCCCUCUUCCAUCACGCUCAUCUCCAACCCACACAUCAACCACCCUCCUUGCCCAUCAAUUCCACUCAGAACUUUCCAACUACCGCAACCAGAUCCGCCCAUUGCGGAUAAUCACGAGCAUGCCGUCUUCUCUUAACGUCCCCAAAAAACGACGCCAGCGUCACGCUACGCCCUCUGAGAAGGCAGUCAAGCUAGGAAAGGAAAGCGUAUCUGCAGCAUCUCGAGUUCUGCAUACUGUCGAGCUGGUGGAAAUGAUUAUCAACGAACUUGAGAACAUGACCGACAUCCGCCAUUGUGGUAUGGUCUGCAAACAGUGGAAAGGAAUCGUAGAAACCAGCCUAGCUAUUCAGCGUCGUAUGAUUUUGUGGUGGCCGCUACCCCCGUCCAUUCUACCUUCAACUGGCAAGUAUGAGUGGAAGGGCUUCAUUGCUCCUAUGGCUCCAUAUUAUCAACACCCUGUCUUCGAGGACAAGAAGCUGCGCACAUCCAAUCUCUCUAUGUGUAUGACAGUGCAGCAAGAUUACAGUAUUCACCUCUCCUUCAAACAGGAUCUCAAGGAGCCAAUCCUUUCAAAUGGAUUUGAUUGCGAGACGGCAACCUGCCGACACCUACUCAUCUCGAUGCCCGCCCCCAUGACAGUAAACGUGCGAUGCACGUUCUACAACAUCUCCAAGUCCUGGGACCUAGAAGGAACAGUCUCAUGCGCUAACGGCGUCCACAUCGGUGAUUUGCUCGACUGUUUCCGCGAUAUGGAGUCCCUCACUAAGAUGGCUGAUCGAAUGGAAUCGAAGAUCAACAUGCUGCUCGUCAUUGGAGGAGUUGUCCCUGGCGCGGCACAGUCCCUGAUCUUCUGCCUCUGGCUUGCACGCAUGGGGUCGAAGUUCCUCAUCUUAUUUUUCUUUUGCAUGGCCGUGGCAGGAUACUGUCCCCACUUUGGAGUCCAACUACUUCUCCUCUGCUUCUUGCUAGGUCGAGCGAUUUUGGUGAUGUUGAGGCUGCGAUUUGGCCGCAACAAGAUCCGGUUCCGUGGAGGCUCCUCGUGGGUAGGAACGCCGUCUCGGCUGUGUCUAUUCGUCAGAGUAGGCUUCUUCUUUCUCGCAUGGGGGCUGCUCCCUCUCGUUCAGGUUUUUUUAGAAUUGUCGUUAUGGGCGGAAGUUAAAUACGGGUGGAAGUGCUUACUGCGAUGUCUACUAAAUACAGGAUAUCUCAUCAUAGGAUGAUUGUGAAGCUGGACUAAAGAGGUUUCCGUGGGGACGACAUACGGCCUGACUAGAUCUAUUUCUCUUGAUCACUCGUUUGAUAACUACCAGUUUUCCUCGUUAUUUAGCAGCUGAGGUUGGUGACGGUCUAGGCUGAGUACCCAAU